AUGAAUAUUUUAAAAAGCUUAUUAUUUUCAAUUCUUUCAAUUUCAUUGUUAAAAUCAACAUCAUCAUAUAUUUUAUAUGAACAAUAUAAUUACAUGGGUAUUUGUCCAGGAGAACCACCUGUCAAUCCCCAAUGCGAAAUGGGUGAAAAUUAUUUUGGUGCAAUACUAUAUCAAGAAUCACAAUGUGUUACAUAUAAUCUAACAUCAGUUAUUUUCACAACUAAACAAGAUACUAUUUUUGAAACUAUUUAUGACGAUUCUAGUUGUAAAGGAAAUAUCUUCAAUAUUGUAGAACAUACAAGUGGUUCUUGUGAAUCUUCAUGUGUUUUAGGCUAUGGCAAUACUUUUAAAUUAUCAAUUUUAGAAAACUAUGAAGUACCAUCCGAUACUUACCUCAGUGUAACCUAUAGUGGUGAAUGUAAUGGUGACUUUGACAAGGAUUUCCUUCAAAUUGAUUACCAAUAUGUUGAUAAAUGCACAAACAUUGGAUUUGGCAUAUAUUCUAAUUCACAAAGUGUUUCUUGUAAUAAAACAACAACAACAGUUUCAACUUUUUCCAAACCAGGCUGCACUGGAGGAAUUUAUCAUGAAAGCCAUUAUGAAAAUCAAGACAAUUGUAAAUUUGAUGGUGGUUCAUUAAAUUAUAUAGAUAUUUGUAAUAUUUAG